GGCACAUCCACUGCCUCUUAAAAGUGAGCUCAUCUGGUGCUGGUUGCAUUGAAGUCCUCCACCGUGCCUGAAGGAAGGAUGCUUUUGGGCGCUGGGAACGUGGAGAAGAUGUGGUCUGCCCAGCUGUGUCUGGCAGUGCUAACCAUCCUGACCAUGGCUCUGUGUGUCCCAUCUACACAUGGAGACCCUUUUUUACUCCAAGAGAACCGAGUGCUGCCAGAGAGAGAAGACACAAAUCACGAGGACACAUUGCUGACUCUGCUUCUUAAUAAGAAAUUCGCAUGGCGGAGGCCAGAAAAUAUUGACUGGGAGCUGGCAAGGAAAUUUGAAGAGCUCGAAGAGCUGGAGAAGUUGAAGGAUCAGCUCUCAGCUGAGGAUGGGUCAGAGGUGGCCUAUGCCUUGGAAAGUCUCUCAGCAUCCCAGCCCAAAAAACGCGCCUGCUUUUGGAAAUACUGCAUCUGAAGGCUUGUGAGGACUGGAGGGUGAAGAUAAGCCCUUCCCCAAACUGCCUCGCUGGGUAUUAAUGUGUUAAGAGUUUGUUCUGUUCCCUCAUCGUGCUGCUAAUUUGGAAGCCAUCCUCCACGACUGCACCACAGCCAAGACUAGCAGGGGCCGUGACAGGAGCUGGCAGCCCACUGCCACUCUCUCGUGUUCUCUUCCAGGUUUAACCUACCAUGGUCUUCUACUCAGAAGAUGCUUCCCAACUUUCUGUGCUGUCCUGUGUGUGCCAUUCAGGCUGCUACCACUGUACACUCUCCCCCUUCUCACCGGGUCCCCUGAGGCAAUGGACACUGACUCAGCUUCCCUGGGCUUGGGGCUCUGGCCACCCCUGCAGGCUCUGCUCUCAGUGGUCUCUGGGUUUCUUGUCGCCUCCUGGGCAGGUCGGUGCUGCCCUGGUGGCCGCUGCUG